GUUUGUUUUGAAGACUCGCCGAUUGAAAACUAAAUGUUUCAGAAGAAAAUUGUUUUGGUUUAGCACAAGUUGCUGCAAAAUCACAGGAGACUUGAAAAUUAAGUAGAAAACAUAUAAAAAAAUAUUCAAAAUAUUUAGCUGUUAGCAAGACUUUGCACUUUCACAAACAUGUCCACCAGAGCCCGGCUGGGCUCCAACGCGUCGUCGCAAAAUGCAGAUAGUCAAUGUGUGUACGUUGAUGGAGAAGAGGCCGACGAAGGUGAAGGUGGAGCAUGGCGGAAGAAAGGUAGGAAGACGAGAAAGACCAAGUACACCUGUAAAGGAGGUAAAAAGGUAUGUGGCCUUGCUGUAGCUGAUGGGGAAGAUUCAAUCCAGUGUGAUCUUUGUGAACAGUGGUUCCAUCCAAACUGUCAGGGACUAGAUGAUAAGGCAUUUCAGGCUAUAUCAGACAGUGAGCUCCUUUGGCUCUGCAUGACAUGUAAGCCAAACUUGAUGGAUGUGCUGCGGAUGGGAAAGAGGCUUGAAGAUAAACUAGAGGCAGUAGAAAGAAAGAUCAUCGGAGUGUUCAAAGUGUCGGGUCCCAAACCGGAUCAGAACAAUCAGUUGGAAGAAAAAAUCAAUGCUCUGGAGAAAGUAGUGGUGGAGGUAAUGAACAAGCAGCAAGCCCAAGUCGACAAGUCACUUGAGGCACAAAAGGAAGUCGUACAGACAAUGCCAAAGCUCCAGUCGGAGCUCAAGAAAAGCGCACAAGAGUUGAAAACACUGGUGGAAAGGAAGGAGGACAAAGAGAAGAGAGAAGUGAAUUUGAUAAUUCACAAUGUACCAGAAAGUAAGUCAAGUGACCCAGAAGCGAGGAAAGGCUAUGACCUGAAAAGUUUCAGUAACAUAAAGGAGGCUCUGCUCGGAGAAGGUAAUAUGGAGGUAGACAAGAUCUAUAGACUGGGAAAGAAAAGGGAGAGUGAAAAUGGAGAAGAAGAGCCCAAACCAAGGCUGAUGCUGGUGAGGUUGAAGAAGAAGGAGCAUGUGGAAGCACUCAUGAGCAAGAGAUGGGACUUACGUAAAACAACGUUUGACAAUGUAUACCUGACAAGAGACCUCACACCUGAGGAGAGGGAAGUUCAGAAGAAGUUAAGGGAGGAGCUGAUAGCAAAAGGACGAGAGACACACAGAGUCUUUCGGGGCAAAGUUGUCCCGAGACAGUAAGCCUGCAGAAAGGGACAAGAAAACACAAAGUACAAGUAAGUCCCUGAAAUGUAUGUAUACAAAUAUCAAUAGCCUGUCAAACAAGCAUGAUGAACUUAAAUGUCGAGUACAGCAAGAAAAUCCUGAUGUGAUUGGACUGACUGAAGUUUGGCAAAAAGAGGUGUUUGUGAUGGAGGGUUAUCAUGCAGCUUUUAGAAAGGACCGACCUGAUGAUCAACUCGGAGGAGGCGUCAUGUUGUUGGUUCGGGACAGCCUAACGGUCUCUGAGU